AUGCAUCCGAGUGCAGACAGUCCGGCGACGGCGUCUGCCACUGUGACCGCAGUGCUGGGGGCCUCGGUGUCCUCCUCGAACCUGUCGGCGGGGCUUCGCAAGGUGCGGCUUAGUGACCGGGAGCUGCUCCAGCGCGCGCAGCGUAUGGUUGUCCCCGAUGAGCCCGUCAACCUUCGAGGACUAUCGGCGAAGCGUGGGUGGAAGCACGUCAGGGCUGGAGUCUCGGGAGGGAUGAACAUGCACUUUAGGGUGCUACGCGGAGCUCAAGCGCAGUCCCGGCAGUGCCAAGUGGUCGUUGGUGGGGACAUCCACGCUCAAGUGUCGGAGCUGGUGUCGCUUUUGAGAGCUCCGACGGAGAGCGAGAGCAACGCUCUGCUGCGUGCAUUGUACGGCUCUCACUUCAUCUACAGUUCACUUGUGCACGCUGUUACUAGUCCCAGCUCGGAGCGGGGGUCGCUGUUUUCGCCUCUGUCUCGAGGAAGCGCGGUGGCUACAGGACAGCAACUCAUGGUGCGGACCAUCAGCUUCGUGCACUCGGGGGUGUUCAACCACUUCAAGCAGCGAAGAUCCUCUCCUGAUAUCCCAUCGAGCUCCAUCUCGACAGCGGAUUCUCAUAGUUCCAUCCACCGACGCGAGACUCGAGGCACCAAGAACGAACAGUGCUGCUACGUUGAGCUACUGACGCCGACCCAAGAAGGCUUCAAGAUGGUGUUUUGCUCGCUGGAUGAAGCGGAGGUGACGGCAGGGAAGGCCCCACCCGACCGCGUGAUCGCGCUGCACCCUAUCUCGGCCUGGCUUACAGCCGAGCCCAAGCCUGGUAAUCCAGGAACACUUCAACUUACCUUCCAAGCUGCGUUCCCUGGCGAAGUAGCUGGUGGAUGCGACUCGCGACUGGCCCAAGCUCGACUGCUCUUUAUCGCUAGAAGACUCUGUCGACUGGAGAAGGUGCUGCGUCGACGCCGUCGCUUCCAUCUCCACCAACUCACUGCAUCUGGGAGACUCUGGCAAACGCUAUUGAAACCUUUCCGAGCUUUGGGCGUGACAGACGAUGAUACUUCGGGCGGGACGCACCACAACUGGCACUGCAUUGCCUGUACACGUUCUCUUCUCCCUACGCUGCGCAAACGCUGGCGUCGCUGCGACUUGUGCGCGUAUCGAGUGUGUGCUGAGCCAUCGUGUUGUUCGCAAGAGCGAGUGGCUAUCUACAGCCGCUACGUCGCCCCGCUGCUAGUCUGCGCCCGCUGCCGCGAAUGCAUCGACGAGCGAGAUAGCCCCCAUCCUCACAGUGCGAAUCGAGUCGGAGGCGUGGCGGGCGACAUUCGCUACGCAGGAGUUAGUCUACGCUUUACUAACCAAAACAGUGAGCUUGAGCCGGAGCUCGAACUGGACCCGUCCGGCCGGAGUCGGUAUCGACUGGCGGGCUCGAGUACUGCUCCACGCUCCAGUGGAGGGGGAGAAAGAAAGCGAAGAACGCAGUCCGACCCACCGCCAUUGCUGGCCUUGGCGUUCUCAAGCUCAGGCGACGACAACAGCUCG